CAAAAAGUAAUGAAGAAGUGUACAGAUAAAUAAUCUACUACAAUCAAUUAUCACACGUCAGUUUCUUUGAUUACAUUGCUGGCAGCUGUGGGAAAUGUUGCGCCAAUUAUUUAUACUUGUAUUAUUGGUCCUUCUAAAUGACUCAAACUGCGAGCAAACACCUGAGGAGGAACAGGGGGUGCGCUAUGCCAAUCGCUGCGAAGCCUGCAAAAUUCUUGCCGCCGAAUUGGAAGCUCGAUUGGGCGAAACCGGCAAAUCGCACGAUGUCAUUGAAAUUGGUUACUCCGUGGACGACGUGCGCCCAAAGAAACGCACCGAAUACAGGCGCAGCGAGCUGCGUCUGCUCGAAUCCUUGGAGAACGUGUGCGAGCGCGUGCUAGAGUAUAAUUUGCACAAGGAGCGCACGGAUAGCACAAGAUUCGCAAAGGGCAUGUCGCAGACCUUCCAAACGCUGCACGGUCUGGUGGACAAGGGUGUAAAGGUUGAUCUGGGCAUACCCUACGAGCUGUGGGACAAGCCGCCCGUCGAGGUCACCCAAAUGAAGAACCAGUGCGAAAACAUGCUCGAGGAAUACGAAGAUGCCAUCAGCGAUUGGUAUUUCCAGGAGCAGCAGCAGAAAACUCUGCAGCAACACCUGUGCGAGGAUCAUGUGUUAAAGCGGGCUGAGGAGCGUGAGUGCCUCAAGGAACAGCUAACACAGAAACCAAAGAGCAAAAACCGCAAGUCCAAAGGCGAUAAGGAAGAGUUGUAGCUGCGUUAGUUAAGUCAAAAAGAGAUUGUAGCUAAUCCUAAGCAUAGCCAUUUAGUGAACAAAGUGUUUAAAGCUAAGAUAGAAAACUUACUCUCUGUAUUCCGUAUGCUUCCAAGCUGACUGAAACACGAAAUGUAACUGACCCACUAUCGAUUGGCAGCGCAAUUCCAUUUGCAGCCCUUGAGAAAUGGGUGGCAAUCGACAUGAGGGCAGGUUUCCAAAAUAGUGUCCACAUUUUCGUACUACUUUCGUUUAUACGAUGAUCUUUGUAACGUGAUAAUAAGCAAACAAGACAUGAAGUCCCUAUGAAUUCUGGUGUUGC